GCGGCGGCAUGUGAGCACCAGAGGGCAGGGAUUUCACCGAAAUGAAAGUGGAAGCAAACAGCCUGCGAGCAAAACCAUUUCACGUCCUGCUGGGGCUGGGAGAGACCAAAACCCUUCAGAAGGUACAAACAGGAGUUCAGCUGUGGUGGAUUCUGCCACUGUGCCCAGCUCUGAAGCCUCAGCUCUUGCCGAACAGACCGGAGACCCAUGUCAGCCCCGAGGGAUGGCGCCCUCCAUGCCCUUCUGGAAGAGCAGGCCAGACUCAAGAUGAGGCUGCAGGAGCUGCAGCAGCAGAGAAAGGAGCUCGGGGACUCCCCCAAAGACAAGGUCUUAUUUUCAGUGCCGAAGAUCCCCUUGGUAUUCCGAGGACACACCCAGCAGGACAGGGAAAUGCCUAAGUCUUUAGUUUCCAAUUUGAGGAUCCACUGCCCUCUGCCUGCAGGCUCUGCUCUGGUCACCUUCGAUGACCCCAAAGUGGCUGAGCAGGUGCUGCAACAAAAGGAGCACACGAUCGACAUGGAGGAGUGCCGGCUGCGGGUGCAGGUCCAGCCCUUGGAGCUGCCCAUGGUCACCACCAUCCAGGUGUCCAGCCAGAUGAGGAGCCAGAGGGUGUUGGUCAGUGGAUUUCCUGCCAACCUCAGUCUGAGUGAGGAGGAGCUGUUGGACAAGCUGGAGAUCUUCUUUGGCAAGACUAAGAACGGGGGUGGCGACGUGGAGGUUCGGGAGCUGCUGCAAGGGAGUGUCAUGCUGGACUUUGCUAAGGAUGGAGUGGCCCAGCGCCUGUGCCAGAUUGGCCAAUUCAGAGUGCCACUGGGUGGGCAGGAAGUCCCUCUGAGAGUCUCUCCCUGCAUGAAUGGGGAGAUCCAGAAGGCUGAGCUCACAGCCAGUGUCCCACUCUGUGCUGGUUCUCAACAUUCCUGAUGUCCUGGAUGGCCCGGAGCUGCAUGACGUCCUGGAGAUCCACUUCCAGAAGCCCACGCGGGGGGGCGGGGAGGUAGAAGCCCUGACAGUCAUACCCCAAGGACAGCAGGGCCUAGCAGUCUUCACUUCAGAGUCAGGCUAGGGCCUCCCUUCUCAUCCUCCCUGCCCCCUCCCAAGGUUCUCAUGCUGGGCUGGACUUGGGUGCCCACGUAGGAGGUCUUUACGUUCACCAACACUGGGGAGGGAUUCCACAUUGUGAAACACUGCCAAGAACAGUAAAAAGAGCCAGCAUGGCAUGACGUUCUUCCUCAUUUCACUCAUGAAAGGAAACCUGGUUUGGGAAUGGAAGGAGGCAGGGGGAUGGGAAGAAGCCCAGAUCUUCCACCAGCAGAGCUGGCCUUCCAGGAGCUCACCUUCCCCUCCACUCUCAGAGGCAAAGAGCAGGAGCCAGGGUUUGGCUUUUUAUUGACACAAACACAAAGGCAGCUGUGGUAAUGGGGUGGGGUACACAAAAGCAGAAAUCGCACUUCACACAUUUAGUCCUCAUUUAGACAAUGAGGAGGCUGAGCCUGUCCCCCCACCUCCCAUUGCAAUGGUUGGGGCGAUAACCCUCCCUAAUCCUAGCUCAGUGAGCAGAGGGAGUGACCUCCCUACCCAGGAAGUCCCCAUUUUGGUCACAGUGGCCCAGGUCCUGACCAUCCCCCUUUGUACUCCCCUGCUUCAUCUCCCCACCCAUGUAAACAAAAGUUUUGGGCUGAGUUUGAUAAGCUGCCUCUCUGCUUUGAGAAGGCAGUGGGGCCUCCCCUAACUGCAAGGGGAAUGUGCUUGGAUUUUUACUUUGGUCCCAGAACAAGAAACAGACAGCACUGCCUUUCAGACCUCUGGCUGGUAAAUGCCACACGUAUCUGCAAGGCUGAGGAAGCUUCCCCGCCUUUCUCCUCAACCACCGCA